AUGAGCUUCGACGCCGAGAGCGCGGCUCCAGUGCUUGCCACAGCCGACUUCAAGACCGCGGGACCCGUGAUCGCUGACCUCGACAAGCACCUCACUCUCCGAACCUACCUCGGAGGCUACAGUCUGGGAGAGGCAGACGAGAAGGUCUGGACUGCUCUCCGCACUAGCAAGGUCGCCAUUGGCCUUGUCCGAAAGGGCACCUACGCCAACGUUACCCGAUGGUUCAAGUUCAUUGAGGAUGCUCACCCUGAGCUCAACGAGAAGCUCAACGCUGGAAAGGAGAAGCGCGCCGGUGGUGCCAACUACAACAUUGGCCUCUCCAACGUCGAGAACGGUGUCGUAACCCGAUUCCCUCCUGAGCCCAGUGGUUACCUUCACAUUGGUCACGCCAAGGCCGCUCUCCUCAACGACUACUUCGCCAAGACUGCCCCCGAUGGCAACGGCAAGCUCCUCGUCCGAUUCGAUGAUACAAACCCCUCCAAGGAGAAGCAGGAGUUCGAGGACUCCAUUCUCCACGAUCUCGAGUUGAUGGAUAUCAAGUAUGCUCAGGUUACCCACACCAGCGACUAUUUCAAGGAGCUCUACGAGAUGUGCGAGCAGAUGAUACUCGACGGCAACGCCUACGCCGAUGAUACCGACCCCGAGAUCCAGAAGGACGACCGCAAGAACCGCCUUGCCAGCAAGCGACGUGAUCGCCCUGCUGAGGAGAGUUUGGCCAUGUUCCGAGAGAUGAAGGCUGGCACCGAUCUGGGCCGAAAACACUGUAUCCGAGCUCGCAUUGCAUUCGACUCAAGCAACGGUUCCAUGCGUGAUCCCGUCAUCUACCGAUUCCCCAACUGGAAGGGCGCUGAGCCUGCUCCUCACCACCGAACCGGCUGGGACUGGAACAUCUACCCUACCUACGACUAUGCCUGCCCUGUCGUCGACAGUCUCGAGGGUGUCACCCACGCGCUCCGAACGACCGAGUACGCCGACCGUAACGAGCAAUACCACUGGUUCAUGGAUACCCUCAAAAUCCGCAAGGUCAACCUUUGGGAGUUUGCCCGUAUCAACUUCAUCCGAACAUUCCUUUCCAAGCGAAAGCUUACCAAGGUUGUCGACACUGGACGUGUCAGCGGCUGGGAUGACCCUCGUCUGCCCACCGUCCGUGGUAUCCUUCGCCGCGGUCUGACCGUUCCCGCUCUCCGCGAGUUCAUGUUGAAGCAAGGCCCCAGCCGAAAUAUCGUGACCAUGGACUGGACAACAAUCUGGGCCAUCAACAAGCGAAUGCUCGAUCCUGUUGUGCCUCGAUUCAUGGCCAUUGAUGAGAAGGACGCCGUCACUGUCACCCUCACUGGAGGCCCUGAGAAGUCUUACAAGGAGGAGAGGCCCAAGCAUGUCAAGAACCCUGAUGUCGGCAACAAGCAAGUCACUUUCGGCCCUAAGCUCCUGCUUGACCAGGCUGAUGUUGCUUCGUUCGACGACAACGAGGAGAUCACUCUGAUGUCCUGGGGUAACGCCAUCGUCCGAGGCCUGAACAAGUCUGCUUCGCCCAUCAAGGAUCUCAACCUCGAGCUGCAUCUUGCUGGUGACUUCAAGACCACCGGCAAGAAGGUCCACUGGUUGGCAGCCGACCCCGAGAACUUGGUCAAGGCCGAGCUCUGGGACUUUGGCUACCUCAUCACCAAGGACACACUAGACAAGGACGACAACCUGGACGACUUCCUCGCCGACGUCACUGCUACCAAGACCGACGCCCUGGUCGAUGCCAGCAUCUCCGAUCUCAAGGAGAACGACUUUAUCCAGCUAGAGCGCAAGGGAUACUUCCGUGUGGAUAAGGCUCUUGGCCAAGGGCCCGACGGCCGAGCUGUGCUCUUCAAGGUUCCCACAGGUGGCCAGAAGGGUUGA